AUGAUAGCACGCCGCGACCAUACAGCCUUCUUUGCGAUCAAUGAUAUUUCCGGCUUUCUAAGAGAAGAUCUAGACUUGACACGUUUGGAUAGUAUUCAAGGUUACCUCGGGCUAGCUGGUCGACCGAGGCGCGUGCGCCCUCUCCACAGAUACAAAAUGAUCGGUCUUGACAUCCUCUACACACAGAAGAUGGAUUUGCAUCUACUCAAGACCAGGACUCACUUGAUGCUCAAACCGCUACCCCUGUGGAUCCCUGACCGCGAGAUCUGGUACCGGCACAUCGACCAUGUCCAAGAGUGGCAUGAGUCGGCUACUGGCUUCCUUAUGUCUUAUGUAUGCCUGCUGACCACACCAAUCGACCUUAAAAUAGCUCAAGGUCUCGCGUUGGUCCACAUCCCUAUCACAUGGGAAUGGUGCAGGGGGUUUGUCGAAGACUUUCUCAGAUAUGUGGACAUCAACACGCUGGCUCAAGUCAACAAGCGGUAUCAUUAUGGCGACCUUCGACGGGAUCGGAUCAACAUGAUAUAUGGAUAUCGCUUCCUAACAACUCACCUUGUACGCGGAUACUUUCAUCGACCCAAUAGUUCCGUUGCGUUCUUCUUCAGAAAUCAAGUGUGGAUACUUAUCGGCGUGCCAGGGCUGGAAGAUAAUUAUGUGUUUCAGCAAGCGUUAUAUGCAUUUGUGGUAUGCAGUAUCGUUAGCUUGGCCGCGUUGCUUGGUGUGGUUGGCUUCGUAUUCGUCGCUAUCUUCUUGUUCAACAUGCUGGCUGCGUUUCGCAACGCUAACUCGAGGUCGCGCAGACUCACACGGCGGCAGCUGGAGGGGAAAGAAACAUGA